AAAAAAAAAGGACCGCCAACGAAGCAUUGGAUGUACCUCACAGUCUUCCGAGACACAUAUCUGGUCCAAAGUCUCUUGCAGACACGAACUCACCACUCAUCUAGACCCUCCUCCAACUAAACCCGUUCGACUGUCAGCUCGCAAAAAAACCACUGCAUAGCCACCACGUCUUACUCCCUCAAACGGUCUUCCCUACAACGUGGGGCCCCUGUUGAUGUCACCAGCUGAUAUUAUAUAUUUCUUCAUCUUUCGGAUCGGAGAUAGACGUUGGAAUCAUCAUUAUUGUUGUUAUUAUAAUCUGGAUGAUUAUUUAUGAUCUUUUUUUUCCCUUUCUUCUUUACUUCAGUUCUUCUAUAUCAUUGCGUGCUUGCCAUCUUUCUUACCGGGCCUUGGAUCUACAUCUCGGAUAUUGAAACUGAACUGUGAUUCAUAUCUAUAUCUACUUCUACUCUACAUACACAGACACAUACACAUCCACAUCACUAGUUAUUAGAACAACUAGACCUCCACAUCCAUAACCCAAUUGUUCAAUCUAUCAAAAUUCCUCAAUUGCAUGGGACCAUGGACCCGUCAACCACCUUCGAUCUACCAGCGGGAGAAUACCCAGCUAUAGAUAUACAAACCGGCCUCGGCAUCUCUAUACUUCCCUCUAAACGCCAAUCCGCAUACACCCCAGAAGCCUGUUCCCCAUACCCACCCCAACAACACCUCUACACCCCACCAACCCUCCAACACUACGUCCUCCCUGAUAUGUGCGACAUGGCCGAUCUAAUCCCCUACACAAUGGAACGGGUGCAUCUCCGCGAACCGUCCGAACUGGAGAACAACAUGCUGUACGCCCCAUUCCGCCGCGCGGGGGACUUCUCUUCCACAUCCUCCUCCUCCACCACCACCUCCUCGAUACAUUACCCAACUUGCGACUCAUUCGACAGCACCACAACCAACCCCAACAACACAGGCAAUCUCCACCCAAACGACUACUACCAAGGAGGACCAUCAGAAUACAUGCACACUCCAUCCUCAAUAUCCUCCUCCUCUCCCUACUACCCCCCGGACAACAACAGCACCACACCCACAUACCCCCCACUCUCUAGUCCAACAUCCGCCACAGCAGCCGUAGUCUCCGCCUCUGCCUCAUCAUCACGCUCGCUCUCCAUACCCCCGCAAGGCUCUGCCAACCAAAAAGACCUCACGAACUUCGGCAUCCAAAACGCAGACCAGACCUGGCGGUGCGCGUACCCGGGCUGCACGUCGCAGACGAUCUUCCGGCGGGGCUGCGAUCUCCGGAAACAUUACAAUCGGCACCGGAAGCAUUUGUUUUGUCGGCAUCCGGGAUGUCCACAGGCUAUGGCAGGCGGGUUCUCGAGUAAGAAGGAUCGGGAUAGGCAUGAGGCCAAGCAUAAUCCGGUGGUGUGUUGCGAGUGGCCGGGUUGUGAGAGGAUGUUUAGUCGGGUUGAUAAUAUGAAGGAUCAUGUUAGAAGGAUUCAUCGGAGGAGGGAAUGAUCUCUCUUUUUCUUUUUCUUUUUCUUUUUUAUGUUUUUGAGUUCUUUCCUUUCCUUUUCUGUUUGUUUGGUUUGUUGCUUAUAUUGGAUUUAAUGAUGGGUGGGCGGUUAUAUAUAUGGAUGAACCUGUACCAGUAUUAUUAGACGAUUUUCCUUUUUGUCGAUGAAACGUGUAUUUCUGUCAACUAGUUCAGCUGGCUAUCACUUUUGACUCCUAAAACAGAGAAUGGAGUCUCAUGACUAUUUCCGCGAAAAGACGCCGCUAUUCCCUAGAUGUACUUGUAAGAAAAGAGAUGGGAAGAAAAACCAUCUCUGAAACGCAAAAUGAAGCAUAGCGUAUUUUGGGAAGAAAGAAAUAAAAUAAAAAAUGAUUUAGAAAAAAAAAAAAAAA